CAGGCGCGAGCCGCUCCAGGUUCCGCUGUGUCUCUGUGUUUCUGCAGAGUCCUCAAUGUGGAUCACUAUAUGGCGGUAACGCGGAACACUGCGAUCAUUGUAAAAUUGUGAGUGCUUUGCCAGCAAGUCUCUACGACUUCACAAUCCUGGUUGGCGUAAUACGGUUCGCCUCAUAGUGAGGCAAAGGUCUGAUGAUGGAGAAUGGACAAGGCACAGGUGCAAAGCUCGUAUUACCGCCUCUUACUCCAGAGCAACAGGAGGCGCUACAGAAGGCUAAGAAGUAUGCCAUGGAACAGAGUAUCAAGAGUGUUUUAGUGAAACAGACCAUCGCCCACCAGCAACAGCAGCUCACAAACUUACAGAUGGCAGCAGUGACAAUGGGCUUUGGAGAUCCUCUCUCAUCUUUACAAUCGGUGGCAGCACAGAGGCAGCGAGCUCUGGCCAUCAUGUGUCGUGUGUAUGUGGGCUCCAUUUAUUACGAGCUGGGGGAAGAUACCAUCCGACAGGCCUUUGCCCCCUUUGGUCCCAUUAAGAGCAUUGAUAUGUCUUGGGACUCUGUCACCAUGAAACACAAGGGCUUUGCCUUUGUGGAGUAUGAGGUUCCUGAAGCAGCUCAGCUAGCCUUGGAGCAGAUGAACUCCGUCAUGCUGGGUGGAAGGAACAUUAAGGUGGGGCGGCCAAGUAACAUUGGACAGGCGCAGCCCAUCAUCGACCAACUGGCAGAGGAGGCACGUGCCUACAACCGAAUCUAUGUAGCCUGUAUCCAUCCUGAUCUAUCUGACGACGACAUUAAGAGUGUCUUUGAGGCCUUCGGAAAGAUAAAAAGUUGUAUGCUGGCACGGGAACCCACCACGGGAAAGCACAAGGGCUUCGGAUUCAUUGAAUAUGAAAAGCCUCAGUCAUCGCUGGAUGCCGUCUCUUCUAUGAACCUGUUUGACCUUGGAGGUCAGUACCUAAGAGUGGGGAAGGCUGUUACUCCUCCCAUGCCUCUGUUGACACCUACAACCCCUGGAGGUCUGCCUGCUGCUGCAGCUGUGGCGGCUGCUGCUGCGACUGCCAAGAUCACUGCCCAGGUGAGAAUGAACCCUUAGA